UAUGCGUCAGUUAUUUCAAUAUAAAUACUCGUACAGUACCUUUACGGCUUUACCGGAAGUUUUCGCUAGUUUUAAUUUUUGACUUCAAAGCACUGUAGAAAGCAUAAGAACUUCGAGGAACAGGAAUUUUUUAAUAGAUAAAGAAUCAAUGUAGCCCGUUACAGUCUAAAAAUGAUGAUGAUGUCAGCAAAUUUUUUCUGUAUUGUUGGGAACUGGGAAGUGGAGACCAAUUUCUUGUUUGUUUACUAUUCUACAUCUCAUUGUAACUAGAUUAUGAGGCAUAUGGAAAUACACAGGACUUCACAUCAAGCCUGCGACGGGAGGGAUGCUUUAUACUUAGGACUUUUAACAAGCGUCAAGAAAUGGUUUGAUUGAAAUGCGGAAAUUGUGGGGAAUUUUAUCAUUGGAAAUUCCUUUCUUUUUUCUUAUUCUGUGGACUUGUACUGCGGAGGAUGGAUGUCGCGACACGGUUUCCCUCCAGCACAGUUUCCCUGCUCCCACACCGUCCUCAAAAUUUCCCUGUUAUUGUCUGAGCGGCAAUGAUGUCGUGAAAUGUGCCUGCGAUGCAUUAUCUCUGGAUCAUCUCAACGAUAAACUCCUCCAUCCCCGUCUCAUGACUGUUCUGAAGCGGAAUUUCUUCCGCUACUUCAAGGUGAAUCUGCAGCGUGAAUGCCCGUUCUGGCACGACGAUGGUCGCUGUUCCAUUCGGGACUGCGCGGUGAAGACCUGCACUGCGGACGAAUUGCCCGUCAGUCUGCGCGAUCUGUCGGCUAACACUGUGCAGGAGAAAGUAGACGAGGCGUGCGCGCAGGAAGAGCGAUUGAGCUCGGUGGACACAUCGCUGAAUGCGGCACAACGCGCCGAUGUCGGGAAAUGGGACACCCGCGCCGGCGAUGAGAAUUUCUGUGUUCUGGAUGAUGAAUUUUCUCAGGAUUGCUGCUACAUUGAUUUGCUCAAAAACCCGGAACGCUAUACAGGAUACACGGGACCGCAUGCUAAUCGUAUCUGGCGCACAAUUUACGAAGAAAACUGUUUCCAGCCGUCCGAUCCCUACUCGGCGUCCAAUCUGGCGCGGGCCAUGGUUUCGGAAGCGUGUUUGGAGAAGAAGGUCUUCUUCCGGUUGAUCUCGGGUUUACAUUCCAGUAUAAGUAUUCAUCUGUGUGCUGAAUAUCUCCACGCGUCGGGCCGGUGGGGGCCGAAUUUGCAGGAGUUUCUGCGGCGGUUUGAUGACGCGCUAACGGAGCAGGAAGGAACACACCGUAUUUCCAAUUUAUAUUUCGCCUAUUCCGUGCUGGUGCGUGCCAUCGCCAAGGCCGCUCGCCGUUUUCGUAAUGAGCAGUACUUCACGGGUGAUGUACUGGAAGAUGAAAUAAUACGCGCGGAUAUCCAGAAACUGCUGGAUACUGUCGAAGCCUGCCCAAAUUAUUUUGACGAAACAAAACUGUUUUGUGGUGAACCGGCGGAAGCGCGCCGACUGAAAGAAGAGUUUCGGCUACAUUUUCGCAAUAUUUCCCGGAUUAUGGAUUGUGUUGGAUGCGAGAAGUGCCGUCUGUGGGGGAAGCUGCAAACGCAAGGGAUGGGUACUGCAUUGAAAAUCCUAUUCACCGAGGUGGACACAAUCGAUAACCUCAAACUCAAGCGAAGUGAAGUCGUGUCUUUAUGGAAUGCAUUUGGUCGUCUUUCAAGCAGUAUGGCGAAAGUUCAGGAAUUCCGUAUUUUAUUGGAGAAGCCAGUCGUGGAAGAAAAAAUUAAAUUUGCAAAAAAUGUUGAUGUGCUGUCUUUUUUGUCUCGGCCAGCUAAAGAGCGCUCCGAACUGUGAUAUUUUUUCCUAGUGAAGUUUUCUCCAGUUACCUCUGCAACCAGAAGUUUUUAAUUUUGAAGUUUACAUCAUAUAUUUUAACUGCGCGAAUGAUGUUCCAUCAAGUUAUCAACCGAUUUUCUCGAAGCAAAGUAAAGAAUGCAAAGUG